UCUCCACGUCGCCUGUACGCCGCCGAGAUGGCAGGAGGUGUGCGGAGAAAGUCUCCCGGUUCCCCGUCCCCACUUUGGGGGAAGCUUAACACACUGUGGCAGGACAAACAUUUGGUCCUGUUCAAGACGGAAUACACGUUACUGGUCGUUUCAGUUCUGUGGUUCCUGGAGAUCGGGAUCAAUGUGUGGGUCAUACAAAAAGUAGCAUACACUGAGAUAGACUGGAAAGCCUACAUGGAUGAAGUAGAGGGCGUCAUCAAUGGUACCUACGACUACACCCAGCUUAAAGGAGACACAGGCCCCUUGGUGUACCCGGCCGGCUUUGUGUACAUCUUCAUGGCUCUGUAUUACAUCACCAGCCACGGGGUCAACAUCCGUCUGGGCCAGUACAUUUUUGCAGUUUUCUACCUCAUCACGCUGCUGCUCGUCUUCAGGAUAUACUACCGCACUAAGAAGGUUCCUCCCUAUGUGUUCUUCUUUGUGUGUUGCGCCUCCUAUCGGAUCCAUUCCAUCUUUGUACUGCGUCUCUUCAACGAUCCAGUGGCCAUGAUGCUGCUGUUUGCAGCUGUCAACCUCUUCAUGGAUGGAUACUGGACCCUGGGCUGUGGCCUCUACAGUUUAGCAGUGUCUGUGAAAAUGAACGUGCUUCUUUUUGCCCCUGGGGUACUUUUCCUCCUCCUGUCUGAGUUUGGUCUACUUAAGACAAUCCCGAAACUUUCUCUGUGUGCAGGCAUCCAGCUUUUGUUGGGCCUCCCUUUCCUCCUGGAGAAUCCAGUCGGUUAUGUGAGCCGCGCUUUUGAUCUUGGCCGUCAGUUCAUGUUCAAGUGGACGGUCAACUGGCGCUUCCUGCCAGAAUGGCUCUUCUUGAAUCGCUACUUUCACUUACUCCUGCUGGCUGCCCACCUGCUCACCCUGCUGCUCUUUGCUUUCCGCCGGUGGAAGAGGCCAGGAGAAAGCAUCUUCCAGCUCCUCAAGGAGCCUGGCAAGAGGAAAAUCCCUCCUCAGGAAAACACUGUGGAUCAGAUAGUGCUGAUUCUGUUCACCUCUAACUUCAUUGGUAUGUGCUUCAGUCGUUCGUUGCACUACCAGUUCUACGUGUGGUACUUCCACACGCUGCCUUACCUGCUCUGGAGUGGAGGAGUCAAGAAGCUGGCCCACCUGCUCAGGGUCCUGAUCCUGGGCCUGAUUGAGCUGUCAUGGAACACGUACCCCUCUACUAACAGCAGCUCCGCUGCCCUCCACGUCUGCCACUUCAUCAUUCUCCUCUGUCUGUGGCUGGCUCCACCCCUGACUUCAGCCCCAGCAGAAACACAACAACAUACAAAACCUGUCAAGGACAAACGCCAGUGAGCCACAGCCUGAUCGGAUGUCGUAUUCGGUCAAGUCAGCUGCCAAACAGCCUCCAUCCUCCUCCUCUUUUUAAUCCUUGUAACACCGGCAUAGAGGGAGGUCACUGGGGUAGACUGUUUAUACGCGAAUAAAAGGAGCCGUUUGAUGCUUCUCAUCUCAGCUCACUGCUAAAAGUGAAGGGAGCGAACAUGUGGGUGCAGUCUGCAGACAGAUAACCUGCAUGAUGAAAUGGAAUGUAGUCGUCUCGUGCAAUUGAAGAGAUGGAAAGAGGAAGAAAUGAUGGAUUCUCAGGUUUCAUUUUCAAAUACUUAAUAGGGAGAGUGGAGCACAGUGCUAGAAGGAAAUUGUGAAUGUUAUGUUACAUACGUGGAAAGAAUUUAUUAGUUAGGCUACAUUUCUUCUUUGUAUGUUAAAACUACAGUCUGCCCAUGAUUCAGCCGGCCUAAUUAUUAUUUAUUGUUUGACAUUCUGAUAUUAUCCAAAGUCUUUGCAUUAAGAAAGCAACAUAUUAAAGAUAGUCAUUAAUAUCCCACAGAUCUUUAACUUGGUGCAAAGUUUUAAAUUGAUUUCAUAUCAGGCAUAAGCUUGUGGCAUUUCCAGUUUCCACAGUAAUUUCAGUAUUCUCCAGUACAAGGCCAAAACUCUUAGGAUCCUACACAUAUAAUCUUAGGUGUGUAAAACUGAACUGUAGACAUUCAAAGCUAUUUGUUACAUAACUGAUUCAUCCUUUGUUGUGAGUGGCUCCCUCCACUCAACAGCACGUAGGUAGUUUUAAUGUCCCCAAUAUGCAGCAGACUAAAACAGCAAACGUGUAACAUUUUAUAUUAAAGGUGCCACUUGACCUUGA